CACAAAUGCGCUGUCUGCAGGCCGAAAUGCGAACCCUCAGUUCGAUAUGUUUGAAGCAGCUUUUAUAAGAUGGAGCCAACAUUUUAAUAAUAAAGAAAAGAUUGGAUAAAUACAUUGAAUCACCAUGGUUGAGACUAGUAAGCAAGUUCGGUUGGACAACUGGGGCAUUUACUUUCUUCAACGCCUCCAACUGUUUUUCUCCAAAACCGAUUAUUGCGACCUUACACUUCAAUUCGAAGGAAAUGUUCAACUCAAAGUUCACCGUUUGGUCAUGAACGCUUGUACCGAAUAUUUCGCAUUUUUGGAGCAAUCGUAUCCGGCCCUUGAAGAGAAUACCAUCAUGAUGCCCUCAGAUCUUCAGGCGGAUGUGAUUGUGCCAAUUGUUAACUUCAUGUACACUGGAAUGUUGGAGUUUCAUCCCAGCAUUUAUAAGAAACUGUACAGAGCGGCGGAAAUAAUGAACAUGGUAGUUCUAAUUAAACUGCUAGAAGCUCAGCUGAUGCCAGGGUGCAAAUUGCCUAAUAAAAUGAAGAAAGAUCGGGAUCGAGAACCGUUGGACGCAGUAAGGGAACCCAAAGAAUUUAAGAAGCAGCCCAAGCCAUCGCCCCCAUUAGUGAACGAAUCGACAUCGCCUGUACCUUUUAAGAAAGUGCCAUGGAAGAGGAAAACUUCUUCUCUGCAGUCCCAUCCUGCUUCGGCUACCUACAGUAAUACCAGAUGGAAUUCGGACCCGGUUGAAAGAGACAGUGCAUCGAUGGCCGACAAUACCCCAAAACCCACGCGGUUUGAAUGGCCGGACGAUUUGCCUCCCAUGGCAGUGUAUUCCAGCUUCGAUGUAAGCUUAACCAGCAAACCAUUAUGGACCGAGCAAGAUAAUCACAAAUCAGAUCACAAGGUGCAGCAGUAUUCCAGAAAACGCACUAGCCACAGCAAUGAUGAAGAUGUUGAUGACCCAUAUAUGGACAAGGACGUGAAUAUUUCACAAUUGGAUGAUUCCCGUGAUGGGUCCAUGAAAAGAAAGGCUGAUAUAAAAGCUUCACCUUCACCUAAACGAGUGAAAAUAUCUAAUCAAGACGAUGAAACUAUUAUCAGCAUAACAACUAGCAACCCUAGUGAGGUGGAUCAUACCAAAAUCGUAUCAGAGAUUUUGAAGAAGUACCCGGAUUUGGUGAAAAAGAAAAAGAAUAUCAAGCUCAGAAUCUCUCAGUCCAAGCCGGAGCAGCCUUCACAAAUCAAGGUCCAAGUGGGGAGAGAAAAAUCAGUUUCAAAACCUGUUGAGGGUUCUGCAUCAACAGAAAAGGCUCUAGUCAAAGAAACGAAAAGAGAGUCUGCAGUUUCAAAAGAAUCUUCAUCUAAAGACAUUUUGUCGAGUAGAAAAAAACCCAAAAGUGUAAUGUUUAAAGCUGACAGUGAAGAAGGUCCAUGGACCUGCUUGGAAUGUCGCGGCGAGGAACGAGAAGGUUCAAAGUUUGUUCUCUAUUAUCUUUUCCGCAAACAUAUGACCGAUCAGCAUCAGAUCGAAUUUGAUUCAUCAUUUUGUAAAUAUUGCGGCAAAGUUUGUUCAAAGGAAAAGCUGAUGAUUUACCAUCUAUACACGAAACAUGGAUUGAAACUACCAAAAGAUGUAACCUUCCCAAAUUGCCACACUUGCCCGUUCAUAGCGGUAACAAAUGAACAACUAGCUACCCAUUUAAACACCCAUGGGGACGAAGACGUGCAAUGCUUGAACUGCCAGCUGGGAUUCAAGUCUAAAAAGGACCUCCAAGGGCAUCAGCAGAUGACCGGCCAUUUGAAUAAAGCUUCUACUAUUCUGCAAUGCGCCUACUGCAAGAAGAAACUGCAAUCGCCAGUAACGUUGUUCACUCACGUUCGCGUUCAGCACAUGAAAGACGCCCGCAGAGAUGGAAUAGUCAGUCUGGAUGAAAUUAUGGAUAUUCAAAACGACGACAAUGACGAUGAGAUUCAAGCGAACGAAGGUGAAGCGCUUGAACAAAUUCAUGACCAUCCUGCUGUUGAAAAGGUCGAGGAGAAAGUUCAGCACAAGUCGUUUUUAAAAGAAAGGAUCAAGUUGAUAUCCAACGUGAAAGUGGAGCGUCUGGAUGAAAGUUCUGCAGGAAAGUUGGGUUCCAAUGCGCGCAUUAGAGAGGCAAAGUCCAAUGCGGAACCCGUUGCUGUAACUGCGGCUGCUGCUACUCUUAGUAAUUUAGGAGGAAGCUUAGCGACCAAUUUAGGGUUGGUGGACAUUGUAGUUCUCGAUGAUAACCAGCAGUAUAUUCUGCAGCAGCCCCAAGGGCAAUCAGGCGAUACAGAAUUUAUUUUGCCCCCAGAAUUGACUGGAAGCGAAGGUAUACUACAAGCAGCUGCCGCUACUGGAGAACUCAAUUCAACUGAUGAAUUAGUGAUGGUUUUAACUGACGAUUAUCAAGACGAGCAAAGUCAGGACCAGUCAGAUAAUUCAAAUAUUGUGGUUCUAUACAGUCAUCCAGUAGAUGGACAACAGGGGCAAUUCAUCACGUCACAAGGAAACUUGCUGGUUAAUUCCGAGGGAAUGCUGGAAAUAAGAAAUGGGGCUGCAAUAACAACAACCGCAGGCCAACUGCUGGUAAAUAAUGGCAGCACUACUACAACUCAAGCAGCAGAGUCGCCAAUUGAAUCCAUAGAUCUGAUACGAAGAGAAAUUGAGGCUUCAGAGGAUAUUCAACGUGAAGAUAUUAAAAAUGUUUUAAGUGAAAAAGUUGUAGAGCCAGAGAUUGAGAAAAAAGAAACAGAAGAAUCUACACCCAUAGUUGAAAUAAGCAAUCAUCAAACAGAUAACAAUUUCGUUUCUAAUUACGUGCAAGAAGAAAAAAAUGCAGACACUACAUUAGAUAUGACUGAUUCUUCCACCCAGGAUGAAGCUAUACCAAUGGAAAUGAAUGAUCUUCAGCUUUCGAGUGAAACAGGCACGGAUGGGCAAAUCAUGUCGCAGGAUGAGCCGCAAAUUCCUAUUCAAGACCCUGAAAAUGUGGAGGGUAGCAUGAGUACACCCGUGCCAGCAUCAAGCCAAGUAGCUGAAGAGGCCAGUACAUGUUUGGUAAAUCAACCGAUACUAAAACCUGAAAGCUUAAACUUAGAAGGUGAACUUUUGAUGAAUGCUCCACAAAACUUCCAGUCAUCGAUUCAUGAAAUUAGUGAAAAUGUUGAGCCGAUGGAAGUUGAUACCGAGCAAAUGCCUAACGAAACUUUAUGUAAUACCAAAGAUGAAGCUGGCGUUGAUGAAAUCGAUAACACAUUGUCCAAUACUGUAGAUGCUCCCAACGAAAAUUCCCAAGAAUAUUUAAAAGUUAAUGACGCUGAACCUUUAAAGGAAGAAAGCGUGCAAAAGCUCAAGAAUAAUGAAGAAGCUAAUUUCGAACAGAGUAUCUGUGCAGCCGGUGCAGAUAUCUGUGAGGAAAAUGAAAACCCUGUUUCAAGUGAGAAUCAUGAGCACGGUGAGCCAGUGGGGGAAAAUAACCCUAAUGACUCGAACGAUAAUUUGCAAGACAGCUACGGUGCUUUUACGGAAGAGACUCAACGGAGUUCAACUGAAACGUCGCAAAAAGACUUGAAUAAGGAAAUUUUGGAAGACUGGGACGAUACUGAUAGUCAACAGAGCCAAACUCAAGAACAACAGGCGCAAGAUGCUGCUCUAAUUAACGUUUCUGAAAACGUAAGUGAACUAAUGGAUGAUUGGGAAGAAGAAGAUGAAGAUCAAACCAAAGGCUAAUGCAACGUCUUUGAUGUUAAUAGCUCUUUAUAGCUGAUUAAUAUGUUGCCUUGAUUUGAUUUGAGGCAGUUUUAUUGAAAACUGAAGGAAACCCAUUUUAUUAUUCUGUUUUUGUAUAUACAAAUGAUGGCUUCUUAUUUUGAUUAUGCCAUUAUCAAGGACUUUAUAUGGGAAAAGGGUCGUUUACGUAUAUAGCAAAUCAUUGCUAUGGUUUUUGAAAAAAAUGACGUUAGUUUUGGGUAACUCAAAUUGCCGCAUCAACAAUAGACGAAUAAUUAAUAAGCGCAUUAUUUUUUCCUUCUAAUCGGCUGUAUAUAAACAUUUAUAGGCCUUAUAGAAUAGAUUAAAUAUUACAUGUGGAAUGGAUUUAACUUUAGUAGUAGUACAUACUUUUUCAGUGUACGGAGAUGACGAUACAUACUUUUGAUUCGGAAAUAAUGUUUAUUAGUUUGAAAGUUCUUGUCUGAAAAAUUAUUAUAUUUUCAUAUACACUUACUAUCCACCGCUAGAGUGUAUUCUUCAUUGAUGUGGGGACUGUCCAAUCACCUCCAAGGGUACAAUAGAUAGAAUUUAUUUAA